CUGACCGCACUCUACUGCUGCUUCUCUGGGGUCCAUUAAUUGCAAAGUUAACGCAAAAUACGUCUUUAAAAAACAAACAAACAAAGAUCGGCCUCCUAUCUGGCGAAAGGUGAUUCCUCCAAAUUUUUCUUGCAAAGUGAGGUUAGUUUAGAUUGGGUAAGAUUACCGGAAGUGGAUGAGACAGCGAAACAGGAGCUUGGAGGUUUACAAACGGAAAGUAGUGUCACUUUCGAGAAGGAAGGGAAGGAAAAAAAGGGAAACUCCAAAAAUUGGAGUUUAUUUGAUACAUUCUGCUGCAAUUGCUUCCAAAAAUGUAAGACUUAAGGCAUCCUUUUACAAAUAAAGGCUGUAUUUUACCACUGGGAAUUUAAUCCACAAUGUUUAGUGAAAAUAAUGUCGUUUUCAUGACAACACAUCAGCAAUCUUGUCAUUCUAAAUGCGUCAAGUGUUAUUUUCGAAGCUUUCAGCGAUAAAGUAAUAACAAUAAGUGGGUGUGAGUUGAAUCACAUUACGUCACAAAAAGCCUUUCCUAUCUGCAUAAAAAAGAAAUCAGCCAAGGGCGAACUAAUACCGGCUCCAAGCAUAAGAACAAUACUGUUAUCACAUUUGAAAGUCAUUUGAACAAAAGCCGCUCACUUGAAUAUAAAGACGAACGAAUAAAUCUGAGCAAAAGAGGGGAUUAACCUUCUUCUUUUCACGAUCGCUUUAAAAGUAAUUUCAAGGAUUAAAUGUCCCUUCCAUUUGUCCCAAACGUUUACACAAAUGCACGCACGACGUUAUAUGAGGUGAACAAAACAAACUGAAAAGACAACAAAGCUGACACGUACAAAGCUCAUUUGAAAGUUAAUUUUUGCGGAAAGAAAAUUUAUGUUAACAUUAAACUGUGAUCACUGAUGCAGAGAGCCUAAGGACGCUUCAGCCGCAUAGGAAGCGUCGAGAAAGUUUAGUUCUUUAAAUGAAUCCUAGGUCCCGUUGUUUUAGUUCUUUAAGUUCCUCCUGUCGUAGUUGUCGGAGAAAACAGCUAUAAAAGGGAAUGUGCGCAAGAAAUGAGCGAAAUUAAGGAAUGUGCUUAACUUCAAACUGUUGUUAUAUAAUUGAUGGUUUGAUUCAGUGACCAAAUACUGCAACACCAAACAACGAAUUUAAGGAUUUCAUGUCCUUCUUUCAACCGAAAUCUAACAGCUGGCCUUGAGAAACUUUGUCAGGAUUUUUGUAUUGGAUUUUUGUAUUGGAAUUCAACAUGAGUUGCAUCAACUUUUUGAAACUUCUGCUUCGUUCACGAAAGGACGAUCUAACGGGAGAUGACACGCUUUUCAACCGGUGUUUGACAGUACUGGAUGUGAUUCUAUUAGGAAUGGGAUCCAUGCUUGGGCCAGGUCUGUACGUAGCCACAGGACAAAUCGCUCGAGAUACAGCAGGACCAGCCAUUGUCAUUUCUCUUGUGAUCGCGGCGUUCCCGGCGAUUUUGUCUUCGCUCUGUUAUGCCGAAUUUGCCGCUCGCGUGUCGAAAACAGGAUCCUCGUAUGUUUAUACAUACCUUGCUCUGGGAGAGAUAUGGGCUUUUAUAAUUGGUUGGAAUCUAAUUUUAGAAAACGUUCUUGCAAGCGCUCUGCUGGCAAAUGAAUUCAGCAAAUUUCUAAACUCCAUUAGCGGGAAAAAAAUUUCAAAAUUCAUGACUGAAAACGUUGCUCAGUGGAGCGUGGCAGGAUUUCAACCAUAUCCAGAUUUCAUAGCAUUUUUAGUCGUUAUUGUAUUCACCGUCGUAGCUGCUACAGGGCCGCGAAAACCAGCCCUUUUCAUGCGAUUUGCGACUAUGAUCAAUUUGCUGGUGGUCCUAUUUAUUGUACUCUCAGGAUUUUACUUCAUGGACACUACCAAUUGGGAGACACUUGACAAAUUCGCACCUUUUGGCUUCGAUGGAAUCAUGGCUGGUGCGUCUAUUUCCUACUUUGCGUUUCUUGGUUUUGAUAUCAUCAAUUCUGCCAGCGAAGAGACUGACAAUCCACUAAGAGUUGUUCCGUUUGCCAAUUCUGUUAGCACGUAUAUUGGGGUUUUCAUAUACCUCAUCACUGCAGCAGUUCUGACGUUAAUCAUUCCCUACAAUAAACUUAGUUUCAACAGCCCUCUAACAGAGGCAUUUGGUUACACAGGUUCCGAAGUUGGAAAAUACUUUGUUGCUAUUGGAGGAUUCUUCGGAAUGACAACCGCUCUGCUCACUUUUAAUUAUGCAGGAACUCGUCUUAUUUACGCCAUGGCCAAUGACGGACUUUUGUUUCAAAGUUUAGCAAAGGUUAGUGACAGAACUCGAGUUCCAAUUAGAGCUGGAUUAAUUUUCGGCUUCAGUGCAGCAGUAAUAGCACUCUUCCUAAACCUAAACGACUUAGUUGAGAUGAUGUCUAUUGGAACACUCAUGGCGUACACCGCUGUGUCCUUGGCUGUCCUUCUAGAGCGAUACCGACCGAUGUCUUGGUCAGAAUUUCCAACAAACGGAGAAGAUUACGACACGAAUGAAGACGAACCCUCUUCUUGCUGUGGGAAGCUUCGCGAGGGAAUGAAGAAACAAAUCUCAGCUGCGCGAGAGAUCAAAACCAAAUUGAGUGCCAAGUUUGGUGACAAACCCACCAAGGACACUCAUCGAGUUGCUGGAAUUGCUGCGGCGUGCCUCGUAUUUGCGGGUUAUGGGUUCUCUUUGACCGUCUCUCCAGCAAGCGGCUUGCCUCAUGUGGCCGAGAAGAAUCCUAUUAUCAUAUUCGCCUCUUGCCUAAUGGCCACUGUCGUCAUCUUCGCCUUGGCAGUAUUGUUCUUGUUACCAACAGAGGAGUUUAGGAUUGCUCAUGCAGUGCAAUGUACUCCGUUCGUUCCUCUGACCAGUAUCUUGACCAAUAUUUACUUACUGACUAAUUUGUCCCGUUGGACCUGGGCUCGAGUAGCUACCUGGAUGUUUAUUGGUAUGGCUAUUUACUUCAUGUAUGGCAUUCACAAUAGCAAAGUAGAUUUCACAAAAUAUGACGUUUCACGUGAUUUUCUGGACCGGCUUAUUCCGUCAGCACGUGACAAACACGUCCGCACCUGGACACCAAGCAGUGAAGAAGGACCCAUGUCACCCAGUAGUGACAGUGAAAACGAUGAAGGGUUUCAGUCCAACUUAAUGACAAGUGAAGAUGAGUCUCCUAAGCACGCAGUUCUUCACAAAGAAAAGAAUAAGGCCACAAAUACAGCAACCGGACCAGCUGAACGAUACCGUUAAGACGCCUCUUCUUUUUGACACUUAAAUGACCUUUUGCUUCUCUUCUCGCCAUGGAUACGUCAUCGGUACAUUUACAUUGAAUUUACAUAUUCAUCAUCAGAACAAACUCGUAGAUAAUAUUAGAGAAGGUAAAUUUUCUUAGAGCAGACUUUUCUUUUCACUCUUUUCCUCGACAAGUGUGUUCGUCAAGAGCAAAUUUGACUAAAAAGGCUACAAGUAUAUCAGUUUGAGCUGAAGAGGACUUGUGCGCACUGUAAAAUAGGUUAAACUUUUCCAAGAAAGAAAAGUCGAGGAAAAUAUGCCUGGGUCAAUUUUGGCUUAAUACAAAACCUGACUGAGGGAUCAUGCAAUCGGAUAACUGCACCUUCAAAAAUGCAGCUGGACUUUUUCAAAUCUCUACGUUUGUAAUAUGCGCCACUUUAUCCAAUCUUCCUCGAGGUGAUACAUUAGCUCCUUAAUGUUUGUAGAUUUUAACAUAAUUAUUUGCAAGUUCGCUAGUAUCACGUAAAUCCAUCUAUGAAAACAAACAGAGAAAUCGGGAAAGCCUUUUUUUAUCGCCCUUUUGAGAAGGAGCGAAUCAAAUAUUUUGGAAUUAUUGAAACAAUUCAUAUUUUAUUUUCCAUACGAGUGUUAACUUACAAAAAAAAGCUAAGUUGUUAUUUAUAUAAAACCUUCCACUUUCGAGAAUGACGCAACCAAACUGUUAUUUCUACAAUCUUUCAAGUAUGUUACAUAUUUAAAAUUGGAGAUAUUUUUGAUGACUAUUUCUCAAUUCUCACCACAUGCUUAUCAGUGAUACUGCAUGGAGAAUUACCAUGUUGAUCACUUCAUGAUUCAUAAUGUUGAGAAUGCAAUUAUUAUAGUCUUUGAAAAUAAAAUGUGUUCUGUGCGAUAGA